GACGUUUACAUGGUGCCACAGGCAACGUUCGUUGUACACGCCUCAACAACAAACGGGACAAUUGAUAACGGGGAAAAUAGUCAACAGCGUAUGACAGACACUCAAGUUCUCUCCCUCCUUGGUGCGACGGUUACACGGGUACCAACAGAUGCGCCUUCGGUACUGGAUUGUGGAACAUCAUGACCUGGGGGCUCUUGGGUUCAAGGUCAGGGGCUCAUGGGUCAUGGAGAGGGAAAAGGAAACAAUGUGGAUGAUAACAUGAUUUUGAUGCCCACGGUGGUAGUACGGGAGGUAAACGACCAAUACCUCGUUGGAUAUGCCGGAAGCCAUGACCUGGAGUUGGGGUUGGGACAAGACUGUUGCUUCUGGAGCCGAAGAAGAGGUGAAGCCCAAGGAGAAGGAAGGGGAGGGUACCCUUGGGAAAGCUUUUGAAGACCGGUGAUUCAAUCAAAGCUUGCAAGGGCUCAUAAGCCUAAAUCU